UUAAAAGAGCCGGUUCAAAGAAUCGAUUCGAACGAAUCGAUCGUACGUCCGUUAAACGUGCAGUACAGUACAGAGAGUGAAGUAAACAGGAACUGAGUGGAGCUGCACAGUGACACGCAUCACCUUAUUCACACUAAAGCCUACGAUCAGACUGCAGGAACAUGGCAUCUGCCUUAACUCAACAAGUAGCUCUGGUUAGAAAAUGUAACAGAUGUCUUUACUCUGUGAGGUCCCACUUCCACACCAGCAGUGGAUUGUCUUCCAAAGACCAUUAUAAGGUUGUGGUGCUUGGAGGUGGCAGUGGUGGUAUUGCGAUGGGAGCCCGUAUGAAAAGAAAAGUUGGCGCAGAGCACGUGGCUAUUGUGGAGCCCAGCGAGAUGCAUUAUUACCAGCCCAUGUGGACAUUAGUAGGGGCAGGAUCUAAAACUAUUAGUGCAUCUGGACGUUCUACUGCCAGUGUGAUGCCCUCUGGAGUCAAAUGGAUCAAAUCCAGAGUCGUGAAGUUUGCCCCUAAAAACAACACUGUCUUCACAGAGUCUGGGAAAGAAAUUUCCUAUGACUACCUGGUUGUAGCACUGGGCCUCCAACUGCACUAUGAGAAGAUUAAAGGACUUCCAGAAGGUUUAGAAUAUCCAAAAAUUGGGUCAAAUUAUUCCCUGGCAACAGUGGAGAAGACAUGGAAAGCAUUACAGAACUUCAAGGAGGGAAAUGCUGUGUUUUCCUUUCCCAACACUCCUGUGAAGUGUGCAGGAGCUGCUCAGAAGAUCAUGUACCUUACCGAUUCCUACAUGAGAAAGACAGGAAAGCGGUCGAAAGCCAACAUCAUUUACAACACAUCAUUGCCUGUGUUGUUUGGUGUUAAGAAAUAUGCCGAUGCACUCUGGGAAAUUGUGAAAAGUCGUGAUCUGAAUGUAAACCUCAGACACAACCUUAUAGAGGUCCGAGCCGACAAGCAGGAAGCAGUAUUUGCAAACCUUGAUAAACCUGGAGAAACAAAGGUUUUUGAGUAUGAGAUGCUCCAUGUUACUCCUCCUAUGGGACCGCCAGCGGUGCUUAAGGGAUCUUCGUUGGAGGAUGAAGGUGGCUGGCUUGAUGUAAAUAAAGAAACCCUUCAGCAUAAGACGUUCUCUAACGUCUUUGGAAUUGGGGACUGCACCAAUCUUCCAACUUCCAAAAGCGCAGCUGCUGUAGCUGCUCAAACGGCUGUCCUUGACAGGACCAUUACCAAAGUGAUGAAAAAAGAAAAGCCUGACAAAAAGUAUGAUGGCUAUACCUCUUGCCCUUUGGUGACCAGUUACAAUACGGUGAUCUUGGCAGAGUUUGACUAUGACGGACAUCCUCUGGAGACUUUCCCAGUCGAUCAGAGCAAAGAAAGCAGAAUUAUGUAUCAUAUGAAAGCUGAUAUAAUGCCCCAUCUGUACUGGCAUGGUCUUCUCAGGGGACUUUGGGGAGGCCCGGGACCAUACAGAAAAAUCAUGCACCUUGGGAUGAAAUAGAGACUGCUAGAAAUCACUCAAAAAUAAUAAAAUGAAUCUGUUCACAUUUUAACAUUCAAAGACACAAUGGGUGAAGUAUAAAGAAAAACAUUACCAAAACUGCAUAUUAUCCAGUGUAAAUAUUUCCAGUGUAAACCUUUACUGUGACUGUUUUUUUUUUAAUAUAUUUUUUAAGAAAUUGAGAUGAACGGUACGUUUAAAACAACGUACCUCAGCACUGUUGAAAUCCCUAAUAUGGCUAGUCAGAAUGUUAAUUGCUUCCUUUUCUAUAACAGAAGCUCAGAAUGUCACACUGGUUGUAAUUCAGAUCAGGUUUUAUUCAUGUGUUCAUGGUAAUAGGAUUUAUUAUCUUAUUUAUAGUACACCUUACACACUCAUGUAUGACAGACACAACACACAAACAAAAAACUUAACAGUGAUAUUUGAUAUGAGGGUUUUCUGUGAGGAGACUUCUUUAGGAUUAGUGGAAGGAGUCUCCAGUGUCAGGGCUUGUGAACAUGUGAAAGUCUUCAGAAUAGUGAUUUUAUUGUAUUACCUUUGAAGAAAUAAAAAGAAGACAGUUAGGGAACAAUUGUUUCUACCAUAGCUGAUAAGUUUAAACAAGUUAGUUCCUGUUAACAAAAAAAAGUUAAAAAAUGAAACCCAUUUGUGUUCUUUAAUAAAUACCUGAUCAUUACUUCUA